AGUUACAGAACUUUAGCAACACAUGGAAUCAAGAUUGAAGCAACAAGUUUCGUGUUUGUUCACAAUACAUCCGUCACUCAUUGUUUGGUCAUUCUCUAACCACCACCAUCACCACCGCACCAACCCCAAUGCUGAACUCAACUCAUUUCAACUUAACCAUAGUUUACGCACUCCCCAUUCACAAACAGCCACAUUCAUCACUCACUCCACAUUAUCAUCAUCAUUAUUAUUCAUACAUAAAUCCAAAAUGAAAUUAAAGAACCAAUGAAUCCGGUCAUAACAUUUGGUACUCAUAUCAUCAUAUAUAUCAACAAAGAGAGACUAUAACCUCAUUACCCAUAACCCAUUUACAGCUAAAAACCUGUCAACAAAAAGAGAAAUUAAGCAAAAGUAGUUGUAGUAAAAAUCAUCAAAAGCUAUAAGGAGAGAAAUUAAGGGGUGAAUGUAGAUUGCACAAAUGUCAUAUUUUCACAAAAAACUUUGGUGCUAAAAAUAGAAGAGAGAAAGAAGAGAUUCUAUAUACUAUACUCCACUCAAGUAGCUCCACCAUUGAUCUGUUUAACACCAAACCCAAAACCCAUUUCGUGAUUGCCGAGCGUCGUUCAAUAUAGUAUCUGAGAGUGAGUGAGUGAGUGAGUGAGUGAGUAAGUGAGUGAGAGAGUAAUGAUGAUGAAUGAAGGAGGAGAUAAAGUGGUGGUGAUUCAGAAAAACGAGGCGACUGGUUUAAUGGCAGGUGUUGAAGGUGAAGUUGAGUUUGUCAACAAAACAGGGGACAAUAACAUUAACGGGUCGGGUCAUAAGAUCCAUGAUGUUUUUGUUGCUGCUGCAUUCGGAACUGUUCAUAGGAAGAAAAGGAUGGCCAGACAUAGAAGAAGAUCUUCAUCUUCUUCUUCUUCUUCUUCUUCUCUCAUCAACACCAACACCAACAACAACAGCACCAUUACCAUUCAUCUCAAAAACCUUCCUUCUACUGCUACUACUUCCUCCUCGCACGUGCCUCUUUCUCCAAUUCCAACUCUUUUUCCUUCCACUACUCUCCCUCCCGCACGUGAAAUUGAUCAUAAGAGGUUGAGAUUCCUUUUUCAAAAGGAGUUGAAGAACAGUGAUGUUAGCUCCCUUAGGAGAAUGGUAUUGCCAAAGAAAGCAGCGGAGGCUUUCCUUCCUGCCCUUGAGUCAAAGGAAGGAAUUCUUAUCAGCAUGGAUGAUAUAGAUGGUCUUCAUGUAUGGAGUUUCAAGUACAGGUUUUGGCCAAACAAUAAUAGUCGGAUGUAUGUACUUGAAAAUACUGGAGAUUUUGUAAGCACGCAUGGUCUACGCUUAGGAGAUUCUAUCAUGGUUUACCAAGAUAAUCAAAAUCACAAUUAUGUAAUUCAAGCAAAAAAAGCAUGUGAUCAAGAUGAAUAUAUGGAAGGAACUAGUGAUACCAUCAAUGAUAUCUUCUUUAAUGAUUAUGAGGUGAACAAAAGUUGUUUUGAUGUAACCUAUCCUACAAUGAAUGAUACAAGCAUGUCAUUCAUAUAUGAAACAACCAUCUCAAAUGACUCACCACUUGAUUUUUUGGGUGGAUCAAUGACCAAUUACUCAAGGAUUGGAUCAGUUGAAACAUUUGGCUCUGUUGAGAAUUUGUCGCUUGAUGACUUCUACUGAGGUCAAUACUACAUAUGAAGGGCACUAACAUGGUACCGAAAAUUAGGAAGGUCAGUUUCUUCAUUUUGGUACUAAAGAAACAUGGAAAGUGUGUUAUUUUUUUUGUUCUUUUCGUGGUUUUCAUAACAAUGAGAGGAUUUUGAUUAGAAUAAAAGAGUAGCCAGUGGACAUGUUUUUGUGUUCCUCUCUCUUGAACAAGAUUGGGACUGCUCUAAAAUGUAUUAAUAUUUAUAAUUUUUGGUGGAUAACAUCAAUAUGAAUGACUUUGAAUGUUUCAUUUUA